AGACACCCGACGACCUACAGCCUUGCGAUGAGGUCUACGCGCAAUCACAACCGGAUGCAAUUUCGUUCAGGAGAACCCAUGUUUCUCCGGUUUCCCAGCCUUCCUACGCUUCUGUCAGCGCUGCUACGGCAGAACAAAGAGUAACUUUAUCAUCAGAGAGAUUUAACGAAUGUCAGAUAACGAGCCAUCAUUCUUGCUGCGGCCGGGAUAGCGUAUCGGAGCCGAGUACCACUGUCAGCGAAGGCAAGGAGUUUCCAGCACUUGUACUUAUACCAAAGAAAAGCCGCUGGCUCUACUCCAUGGUAGGGAUAGCUGCUGUCGCCGUCGUCAUUCUGCCUUGCAGCCUCUACGUUGCCAGUGCGUACACAGCUGCCCGUUACGAAGCUGCGAGACGAGCGGUAGCCAAUGCUAGUAGCGUCAAGUCUCUUUCCUUUUGCUCAAAUUAUAACCGGACCUCAAUCAGAAGUCGCGUCAUCCACUCAGACCUACCCUUUGUCGACAUGGACGAGAUAACACCGUACAGACGGGUACCUCCUAGCAAGAAUGCCAUCUUCUGCGUGUACCAGAAUGACGUCCUAUUGAAAUACCCUAAGCUCCGGUAUCGAAUCAACGAUAUCCCGGGCACCUACUGCACCCACCUUCUCUACUACAAGGCAGGUGUGACAUCGGACGGCAGUCUGUACAGCAAAAAUCCCGUCAUCGACGAGACCUACCGCGGUUACAAAAUGGCCUCAGAGCUGAAGAACAUCUACCCUCAUCUCAAAGUCCUUCUGGCUGUGGGCGGGGGUCCUCACCUGGAGGACACUGUUCGCUUCUCACACAUGUCAUCCAAUCUGAACCGCACCCGGGCUUUCGCAGAUCGAGCAUAUUGGUGGCUAGUCAAUCAGGCCUUCGACGGUCUCCAUAUCGACUGGAGAUACCCCGGUGGGGACUGCGGAAAACCAUCAGACAAGAAGAACUACUUGCGUCUGGUGGAGACGCUAAGGGAACGGUUUGGCAGUCGCUUCCUGAUAACGGUCGGCGUGCCGCACCAGAACGAAGUACGUCACCGCGGAUAUCAUCUUCCCGGCCUCGCUGACAACGUAAACUACCUCCUCGUCUCGACGCACGAGCUGACAAACACCUCCUCCGGCCGCACCCGCUGUCCCGGCCCUUACACGGAGCAGCCACGCUUAGGGACCACGGUGUACGAGGUCGUUCACACCCUCAAGCAUGAAAUCCCACGAGAGCACCGUGAUAUUCUUUGCUUCAGCGUAUCGCUCCGGGGUGUCUCCUGGACGCUCCGUUCGUCUUCGGAAUUCGCGGUGGGAAGCCUAGCCCAGAGCGCCGGUUCGCCAACGGGAAAUACACAGGAGGCCGGCCUCAUGGAAUAUACGCACGUGUGCAGAUUUUACUUGAGAGAUAUCGUCGACAGGUUCGGACUGUGUUCUUUUGCUGUGCACGCGAGGAACUGGGUUAGUUACGAAGGCACCAGGACCAUUGCCGUGAAGCUGGCGAGAAUGCGCAAGGACAUGGGCACGGGCGGACUCUGCAUGGCAGUUUGGAAUUUGGAGAUGGAUGAUUUUGGGGCUGAAUGCGAUUCUGUGCGAGCGCCAUUGCUUCGCGCUAUUUACGAUGCGCUCUCUAGUUGAAGAACACGGCCUGAAGUGUU